GCAGCCAUCUUUUUUUUUUACUAAGUUUCAUAUUAACUUCCCCUUUUUAGAAAUAUUUUCCUUCUUUUACUUAUCAAUCUUUUUUUUUGAAUAAUUAGAACUUCAUGAGAACAUUAUAAAAGGAAUCUGCCAAAGGAAUUUAUAUUUAUGCAAGAGGAUCGCGGAUCGAAUGGAUCAUCAAACGAAAUCGAACAUGGAGAACGAGAAGAACGUAGAGCCGGUGACUGAUUUACGACUGGCGCUGGGGUAUUCGGGUCGCAGGAUCGAGAGAAGGUCAAGCAAUGAUCUCGGUGCAGGUGCAGGUGCAAAUGCAACUUCCAGGAUCGGCAUGACAUUUGUGGCGACCGAUCCCUUGUCCGAAAUAGUUUGGUCUCCCCACAAAGGUCUCUGUCUCAAAUGUACCGAAUGCAGCUUUUUGGAGAAUAAACGUUGCCUUGUCCAGGACACAGCAGGACCGAGCAAUGCGGUUCGUUCGCUGCAAGAAAUCGAUACAUCUGCAAGAUCAAUCGAUGAAAAGCCUAUAGAUGAACAAAAUAUACAUACAUCGUCCUUGGCUUUCCCCAUUCUGAAUUCUAAAGUUUCUGAUAUAGACAAUUUGGGAAACGACAAAACCGAGUUGUGUCAUGAACUGCAGACCGAUAAUGGUAACUCUCCUAUAGGAACUGCUGCCUUGGCAAAUCUUGCUGAAAAGAAUGAUCCAAGAGAUGUUGGUGAUCGGACUCAGUUGUCCGGAUCUCAAGAGAAAAAUGUGGCAUCCCCUGCUGAAAAUGAUAUGCAGGGUGUAGGUGAUAAUGAAUGUGUUGCAAUGAGUAAAGUUUCAAGUUCGGAAUCUGCUUUUGAAGUUGAAAAGAUAUCUCAGCUCAAUAAGGAGAUUUCCGCUAGUAAACAUUCUCCGACUAAUAGUGGAAUCUGUAGAUAUAGAAGAAAAGGGAAGGAAAAGGCUUUAUCUGAUGGGGAUGUUAAAGGAAUGAUUUCGAAAGAUGACAGCCACGAGAGCGUCGAGAGUUCCAACAGCAUAGGCGAAAAAAGGUGGGGCUUUGAGCAACAGUUGAUUGUGGGGAGUAAAAGAUUGAAAAAACACGAUGGUUCCUUCAUGAACUGGAUAUCCAACAUGAUGAAAGGGUUUCCGAAACCAAAAGACGAGACUCCAUCUUUGCUUCUUACUACUACUGCUGCAAAUACGAAUCACUCACACAAGAGUCUCAUCGAGAAUCUUGAUGCAGGCGAUAAGAUACAAAAUCCGGGGCACGGAAAUGCCGGUUUUCAAUCUAUUUUUCACUCGAUAUACUCUCCGAAGACUAAGGUUCAAGGAACAACACCACAAAGUGAAAAUGAUCAAGCCGGACUUGAGCUGACUAACAAGAUUUGUAACGUCGAUGCUACUCCAAUCGCUUGUCACAGAGAAAACUUUAACUUCCUUAAUGUGUUUAAUGAAAGGUUCAAAGAACCGAUUUGUGGCAGCAGAGUAGGCCCGCCGACUCGGCCAAAGAUUGCAUCGAUUACUUCGUCUCUGAGUAACAGAAGUAGUGAGGCAAAUAUUGCCGUGGGUGUGGAGAAAGAUAGAGGAAGCACUAGUUCUUCUUUAGGUAAACGUAAAAUGAAAACCGAGAACAUUGAUUCAGACCCAUCUUCUGAAGCAAAGACAUUUUGUAACAUUGGUUACAAAAGCAACCUUCAAGGGAGUUUGUGGAUAACUCGGUUUACUCCCAAGGCUUCUAGCUCGUUAUUUAACCGGGAUACCGAUGGUGCCGUUGAGUGCUUGAGUGACUGCAUGAAACCUGAUCUUUGCCCCCGAAAUGAUGUUAAUGUUUCCAACAAGCCCGAAGAGGAGGCAUCCACCGGUUUACGCUCCCUUAGAUCGGAAGACUCACAGAUGAUAGCUUCUCAUUUCGUUAGGAGAUUAGAUGUUCUCAAGCAGAUCAUGCCUUCCAGUAUAACUGAGAAUCGAAUUUCAUCGACUGUCACCUGUUUCUUUUGUGGAAGAGAAGGCCAUCAUUUGCAGAAUUGUCCGGAGAUAACCGAUACUGAGAUCGAACAUCUUCUGAGGAAUAUGAAGUCAUGUAAUAGAUACGAACGACUACCUUGUGUGUGUUUUAGAUGCUUUGAACUCGGUCAUUGGGCUAUUGCCUGCCCUUCAGCAUCAAGAGUUCAACAUCACUCUGCAUGUAGAGCCUCUUCUUUGGCUAGACUUGAAGAAAAUACGGAACUUUUAGACAAAAACGGAGACGCAAUUGCUGGAAAUGCCACUCAGAUUGAUACCGGAAAAGGCCCAAGUACUCUUUAUGAAAUUAUUGCAGACAAAAUGAGAUCAAACACAGAUGUGAAUAAGGAAUAUGUAAGUUUGAGUUACAAGGAAAUCAAACAUUGGGGUAAUUUCACCAAUCAACAGGUUUCGGACACACCAAAGGCGAUCUUCAAAGCAGUGAGGAUGCUUCGUUUGUCACGGACAGACGUCCUAAAGUGGAAGAUUAUGGAACCAUCGAUCUUGCAUCUCAAAGGUUUUUUCCUCCGAUUGCGGCUCAGGAAAUGGGAGGAAGGUUUAGGAGGAACUGGAUAUUAUGUCGCCUGCAUAACAGAGGCAAACAGUCAGGGUGCACAACAAAGUUCCAACAGGUCCAUUGUUGUUAAUGUAGGGGGGAUGAAAUGCUCGGUCGAUAGCCAAUACAUCUCCAACCACGACUUUCUCGAGGAUGAGCUUACCGCAUGGUUGCUCGCAACCACAAGGACUGGUGGAAAAAUUCCAUCAGAGGAAGAGUUGACAACGAAAGUGAAAGAGAGAAGAAUGUUAGGGCUUUAGUCACUUUUUCAAUAUGCCAUCAACACAUGGUGUUCUUCAAUCGUCUCAUCUGAUCCGAUAUUAGGUUUUUGCAUAGAGGAAAUGGAUUUUUGUGAAAACCAAACAAUUAUACAAAAUUUACCUUAUGUAACACAUUGGAUUUUCUAGUCAUUAUGCUCUUUGAAAACAGAACAA